ACCACUCACCUCAGUAGAACGAACACUUCCAAAACAAACUCAUCAUGUUCACGUUCAAGUUAUCAGUGUUUCUUUGUUUCGCUGUUUUCACCUUCGUUGAGGCUGGUCAAUAUGAUGGAAAAGUUCUGCGAGUAGUACCCCAGACAAAUGAAGAUUUAGAGAACUUACGGUCAUUAGUAGAUGAGGAUGGAUUGCAGAUUGACUUUUGGCAAGGUCCGGCUGAGGUCGGCAGAAAUGUAGACAUCUAUGUUCAUGAAGCAAAUUUGGCAACGGUUUUUGAACUCUUGAAGAACUUCAAACUCAGUUACACCGUACUCAUUGAUGAUGUUCAGGGAGAGGUUGAUAACGAAAAUCCUCCAACAUCUCGCGCAGGAGGAUUUCAAUACGAACGAUACAACACAUUAUCCGCGAUUCACGCUGAGAUGCAAAAGCUAGCUUCAACCCAUUCCAACAUCGCCUCACUAUUUUCAACAGGAAAAUCAUAUGAAGGAAAUGAACAAUUCGCCGUAAAGAUCAGAUCCCAAAAUUCGAGAAAGCCGAAAAAAACAUUUUUUGUGAAUUGCGGUAUUCACGCUCGUGAAUGGAUUACGCCUGCAACAUGCAUGUAUAUGAUUCGAGAGAUGUUAACAAAAUAUGGUACAGAUUCAAGCGUGAAAAGCAUGGUGGAUAAAAUGGAUUGGGUCAUUAUGCCGUCCUUGAAUCCUGAUGGAUAUAAAUACACAUGGAAUGCGAAUCGAAUGUGGCGACGAACUAAGACAAAGCACAGUGGCUGUACUGGAGCUGAUCCAAAUAGAAAUUGGAAUUAUAAAUGGGGAGGUGUUGGUACCAGUUCCAGCUGUGGUGACACUUACCACGGUCCGAGACCAUUCUCAGAAGUCGAAACGUACAAUGUCGCAAAAUAUUUGUUGAAACAACGCAGAAAUUUGAUUGGCUACAUGGAUAUCCACGCGUACAGUCAAUUGUGGAUGACACCUUGGGGAUACAAGAGGGCAUAUCCAAAUGAUAGUGGGGAACAGAUGCGAGUUGGGAAAAUUGCAGCAAAUGCUCUCAGAAAUGCAGGAUAUGGAACAACAUACAAAGUUGGACCUUCUUCUGUGAUCAUCUAUGCAACAAGCGGUACAACCGGGGAUUGGGCCUCAGGUUUUUUAGGGGUGAAAUAUUCCUAUGCUCUAGAACUCCGGGAUAAAGGUCGCCACGGGUUCCUAUUACCAGCUUCUCAAAUCAUUCCUACAGGCGUUGAGACGUUCGCUGCCAUGAAAGCAAUGGCUAAUGCCAUGAAAUUGUCUUAAUUUAUGUUUAAUCACAUGUCAUUUCUUAUGAAAGAAAAUAAAUAUCGCAGUUGAAACUUUUAAAUGUAGUUA